ACAAUAAAAAUGUACAUUUCUAACAGGGAUCUAACUCUAUGUAAUGGGUUUUGGUGCCUUAAAUAAUCUAUUACAGAAUAAAAGAAAAGCAUAAAAUGAUGUCAUAAAAUGUUACUUAAAUGUUAUCAACCACCUUUAAAGAAUAAAAACCUGUUGCUUAUUAAAUAAUAUUACCUUAUAGUAGAGCCGUGUAACUUCCUCCUUUUGAUCAACUUUAACUUACGUGCGUGUUAGUUUAACAGAACAAAGAAAACUGUGUGUUAUUUGUUGUUUUAAUUCAGUGUAUAUUUCCAAUAUAUUUAAGUUGAAUAUAUCAUGUACAUAAAGUAGAGACUUUUGAUUUUGAUAAUGUGCAUGUAUCAAACGGAAUAAAACGUGUGACUGAAUUUCUUAGAUAAAUUUGAACACCGAUGGCUGGAUGUGAUAUAUCGGUGCAAAAACGGGUCCUGUUGGUAUUGGCAGGUUUGUCCGUGUUCGUGGUAUUUCUGCUAUUUAUCAUACUGGACAUAGGAAACGGAAAUAAUAUCAUUAGAAAACAGCAAGAUUCUGCCAUACAACAAUGUGAACAUAGUGUCUGGAACGAACAUCUUACAAAUGACAUAGUUUAUAAUGGUGGUCGUUUGCUGACAAAGGACAAUCUAGAGAUUUUAAAACCUCUAAGUGUAGAGCACUGUCGAAGUCAGAGGUUUUUGGUUUACAAAUGCGAUUCGUCAAGCUAUUGUGGAGGUUGGGCUGACCGUCAGAAGGGCAUUGUGUCAUCUUUUCUCCUGGCAUUGUUAACAAAUAGGACUUUUAUCGUCGAUAUGACAAGUCCCUGCGAGGUAAAGAGGUUUCUGCUGCCAAAUAUUUACAAUUGGUCAAUGUGUACUACUUUCCUGGAGACUGUCUCGAAGAAAAACUUCAGUUAUUUUAAGUAUGUAUAUGGAAAUACAAGAAAGAAAUUCGUGAAUCAAAUUAAAAGUUUUAAUUUUGAUAAAAACUGGACAAAAAGAGUAGUAUUUUUACAAUUUAAUGCCAAUGCUAUCAAUGGAAUAAGACAACACAAACAAGCUAAAACACGACUGAAAUGGUUGAUGAAUGUAACAAAUGCAGAAGCAAGGCAUUUAGUGCUGCACACUCUGUUAAACCAAACCAAAGAAGGCAUAUUAGUAUGUAGCCAUAUUCGAAUUGGGCAAAAUCCAAGUAUUCCGGCAGAUAAAACACGUGCAAGAAAACCAAAUGAGACUGUGAUAUUUGAGUUUUUGGAUAGGUACGAUGAUUACCGGAAACAUGCCAUUUACAUUGCUUCUGAUUCAGACGAUAUAAAAAGACUUGCUGAGAUCAGAUUUAAAUCAUUUGUAAAUAUAAAUCGAACAACUGUUCAUAUUGAUCGACUAGGAAAGUUGAGGCCUUUUACUAAAGAAGCUUGUGAAGGAUUUUAUUCAGUACUUUUUGAACAACUAAUCCUCACACUGUGUGACACACUUGUUUUGACACCUAGUGGCUUUGGAACCACGGCGGCCUAUUUAAGAGGCGUCUCUGACAAUCUAUAUAUGUUUCAACCGGAAACACAAAGAAUACUUAAAUUAAAUGUAACUUUCUAAACAAUUUAAUUUUCGUUUAAAAGGGUAAUUUUCCAUAGAGGGGACAAAAUAUCAGAUAUAAAGUUAAAAUUAUCGCAUCGUUGAUGUCGCUAACAUAUACUUAUCAUAUACUUCUUGUUAUUCUUGCAGCUUUCUGUAAUAACAUUGUUCGAUCGAUAUAACAUUUUAAUUGUAAAUAUCAAAAGUUAACAACUGUCGGUCUUAUCUAGAUGCUUAUACAACUUAUCGUUAGUUUC